ACUGCAAAACGAAAGAACAAUUUCUAAUCUUCUUCCUUCACCGCAUCAAGUCCCGUUCACACUUCCCACUCCCAUGAUUCCAAGAAUCAUCCAACAAAAAUGUUCUGAAGCUCAGAGCUUUAUAUUCUUCUUGAUCAGGGUAACCUUGCCCACUGUCUAGUUUCUUCCCUAUUAUUCAUUCCCCCUUCUGCUUUUCACUAAAAAUUGAGUCUUGAUGUUUGUUCCUUGUAAUCUCUAUUCUCUAAUGUAGUCUUGAAGUGAAGCUUUUGAUACCCCUUUGGUAUUAUUCUUGAUUUUCAAUAAUUGAAUCUUUUGCAGAUGCUUAUUUUGCUUCCUUCUGGUAAUCUUCAACCUCAAAGUUGAGUCUUUUCACAAAUUUUUUUUUUACUCUUUUUGGUUGUCUGCAUCCUCUGGGUAGUCAGUACUAAUAUGAAAAUUGCUGUGAUCACAUUCUUCUUGUUUUUGCACUCCACUUCAUCAAUCUUUGCUGCUUUUGCUUAUUUUGUUUCCUUCUGGUAAUCUGCAACCUCAAAGUUGAGUAUUUUCACAGAAAUUUACUCUUUUUGGUAGUCUUGCACCCUCUGGGGGUAGUCAGUACUAACAUGAAGGUUGCUGUGAACACAUUCUUGCUGUUUUUGUGCUCCACUUCAUCAAUCUAUGCUGCUUUUGCUUUGAAUUCUGAUGGAGCAGCUCUGCUCUCACUCACUAGACAUUGGACUUCAAUCCCUUCUGACAUAGCCCAGAGCUGGAAUGCUUCAGACUCCACUCCUUGUUCAUGGCUGGGAGUAGAAUGUGACAGGAGACAAUUUGUUGUUACUCUGAACCUCUCCUCCUAUGGAAUCUCAGGCGAAUUCGGGCCCGAAAUCUCACAUUUGAAGCAUUUGAGGAAGGUUGUUCUCAGUGACAAUGGUUUCUUUGGCUCAAUUCCUUCCCACCUAGCCAAUUGCAGUCUUCUUGACUACAUAGAUCUGUCCUCCAACAGCUUUACUGGUAAUAUCCCUGACACCCUUGGAGCUUUGCAGAAUUUAAGGUUCUUAAGCCUGUUCUAUAAUUCUCUGAUUGGCCCAUUUCCUGAGUCUUUACUUUCAGUUCCACAUUUAGAAACUGUUUAUUUCACUGGCAAUAGUCUCAAUGGUUCAAUCCCUUCAAAUAUUGGAAACAUGAGUGAGCUUACAAUUCUGUGGCUUGGUGAUAAUCAAUUCUCAGGGCCAGUGCCUUCAUCCUUAGGAAACAUUACCACCCUGCAAGAACUUUAUUUGGAUAAUAACAAUCUUGUUGGAACCUUGCCUGUCACUUUAAAUAAUCUCGAGCACCUUGUGUACUUAGAUGUAAGCAAUAACAGUUUAGUGGGAGCCAUUCCUUUGGACUUUGUUAGUUGCAAACAGAUUGACACGAUUAGCUUGUCCAACAACCAAUUCACGGGAGGACUCCCGCCUGGGUUGGGAAAUUGCACUAGCUUAAGGGAAUUCGGUGCCUUUGCUUGUGCCUUGAGUGGUCCUAUACCUUCCUGUUUUGGCCAACUCACUAAGUUAGAAACUCUUUACCUUUCUAGAAACCGUUUUUCGGGUAGAAUACCACCUGAGCUAGGCAAGUGCAAGUCCAUGAUUGAUUUGCAACUACAACAAAAUCAACUCGAGGGUGAAAUUCCGGGUGAACUAGGGAUGCUAAGUCAAUUGCAAUCUCUCCAUCUAUUUACCAACAAUUUAUCUGGUGAAGUUCCACUCAGCAUUUGGAAAAUUCAAAGCCUCCAAAGUCUUCAGUUGUACCAAAACAAUCUUUCCGGGGAGCUACCUGUUGAUAUGACCGAGCUAAAGCAACUAGUGAGCCUUGCCUUAUAUGAAAACCAUUUUUCUGGAGUUAUUCCUCAUGGUUUGGGGACUAACAGCAGUUUAGAGGUGCUAGAUUUGACCAGAAACAUGUUCACAGGUCAUAUUCCACCGAACCUAUGCUCCCAAAAGAAACUGAAGAGACUGCUCUUGGGUUAUAACUAUCUGGAAGGUAGUGUUCCUUCUGAUUUGGGGGGCUGUUCCACUUUGGAAAGGCUAAUUCUCAAAGAGAAUAACCUCACAGGUGGCCUCCCAUAUUUUGUUGAGAAGCAAAAUCUUCUGUUCUUUGAUCUUAGUGGCAAUAGCUUCACUGGACCGAUACCUCCAAGCUUAGGAAACCUAAAAAAUGUUACUGCCAUUUACUUGUCAUCGAAUCAGCUCUCAGGGAGUAUACCACCCGAGCUUGGUAGCCUUGUGAAACUUGAAAAUUUGAACCUUUCUCACAACAUCCUUAAAGGUGUACUUCCAUCAGAACUGUCGAACUGUCAUAAACUGUCACAACUUGAUGUGAGUCACAAUUUGUUGAAUGGCUCUAUUCCAUCCACUUUUGGAAGCUUGACAGAACUGUCCAAAUUGAGUCUCAGAGAGAACAGUUUCUCAGGAGGUAUUCCAACUUCAUUGUUCCAAUCCAAUAAGCUCUUAGAUCUGCAGCUCGGUGGAAAUUUACUAGCUGGAGAUAUUCCACCGGUGGGAGCAUUGCAAGCGCUGAGGUCAUUAAAUUUGAGCAGUAACAAACUGAAUGGUCAACUCCCUAUAGAUCUAGGGAAACUAAAGAUGCUAGAGGAAUUGGAUGUAUCUCACAACAAUCUGUCUGGUACGUUGAGAGUUCUUUCUACAAUCCAAUCAUUGACAUUCAUCAACAUUUCUCACAAUCUGUUUUCUGGUCCUGUACCACCUUCAUUGACAAAGUUCUUGAACUCAUCUCCCGCUUCAUUUCUCGGGAACUCUGACCUUUGUAUUAACUGCCCUGCUGAUGGCUUAGCUUGCCCGGAGAGCAGCAUUUUGCGAUCAUGUAAUAUGCAAUCCAACACUGGGAAGGGUGGCCUUAGUACUUUGGGAAUAGCAAUGAUAGUUCUUGGGGCAUUGUUAUUUAUCAUUUGUCUAUUCCUUUUUUCUGCUUGCCUGUUUCUACAUUGCAAAAAAUCAGUACAAGAAAUAGCAAUUUCUGCUCAAGAGGGUGAUGGUUCCUUGCUCAAUAAAGUAUUGGAAGCUACAGAGAAUCUAAACGAUAAGUAUAUUAUUGGGAAGGGAGCACAUGGAACAAUAUACAAGGCCACAUUGAGUCCAGAUAAAGUGUAUGCUGUGAAAAAGCUUGUGUUUACUGGGAUCAAGAAUGGAAGUGUAAGCAUGGUUCGGGAAAUUGAAACGAUUGGGAAAGUCAAGCACCGGAAUCUUAUUAAGCUGGAAGAGUUUUGGCUGAGAAAGGAGUAUGGACUAAUUCUAUACACUUAUAUGGAAAAUGGCAGCCUUCAUGAUAUCCUCCAUGAGACAAAUCCUCCUCAGCCGUUAGAUUGGAGCACACGUCAUAAUAUUGCUGUAGGGACUGCCCAUGGACUUGCGUAUCUCCAUUUUGACUGUGAUCCUGCCAUUGUGCAUCGGGAUAUUAAACCGAUGAAUAUCCUGUUGGACUCUGAUCUCGAGCCUCACAUUUCAGACUUCGGCAUUGCCAAGCUUCUGGAUCAGUCUGCUAAUUCAAUCCCGUCCAACACAGUUCAAGGGACAAUCGGCUAUAUGGCUCCAGAAAAUGCAUUCACUACUGUGAAGAGCAGAGAGUCAGAUGUAUACAGUUAUGGGGUCGUUCUGUUGGAAUUGAUAACUCGUAAGAAGGCCUUGGAUCCUUCAUUCAAUGGUGAGACCGAUAUUGUUGGCUGGGCUAGGUCUGUUUGGACACAAACUCGAGAAAUUCAGAAGAUAGUGGAUCCGAGCCUUUUGGAUGAAUUGAUAGAUUCCAGCGUGAUGGAACGAGUAACUGAAGCGCUUUCACUGGCUUUGAGGUGUGCAGAGAAGGAGGUGGACAAAAGGCCCACAAUGAGAGAUGUAGUGAAGCAACUAACACGCUGGAACAUACGCUCCUACUCGAGUGUUAGAAACAAGUCUAAGUAGAUAUCUUGCAGUCUUUGUAGGCUUGUAGCAAUUAUAGCUCAAAUGUAAUGUGGUGGGUUGCAACUAGCAAGACCUCGACCCACAUUUACCAAUUUAUCUAACAACGGGCUAAUGAUAUCGGGCUGUUAAGCAACCCAGAUAUCGUACUCCCAACAUUCAUGAUUCCAUGUACAAACACUGUUUACAAUUAUAUGUACCAGCUGAUAUACAUAGGAAAAACCUUAUCUAUGUUGUGGCUGAUCAUUAGCAACCUCAUGCUGUGAGCUUGAGUUAGCGUUUCCAGGCUCAUCGGUGUUCCCUUCCAGUGCACAGGGCGAAGAAGGUCUACUGCAGGGAGGAUUUCUGGGCAGAUUGCUCAUUUCAAUGGAGUGUGAAGAAGUAAAUUCACUGUCAUCACCUUCUGGUUCUUGGGGGUCUUUUGCCCUUUCAAGUUUAUGAGAGGAUAAAUCUCUCUGGUCAAAGUGUCUGCCUAUUGCCUGUAUUUUAAGCCAAAUUGUAGUUCUGGAACUCAAAGUUUCUUGAAUGAAAUCUUUGUUCUUGUACACAUAUGUGGCUAUGAAAACCAGGAGGCACAGCCCUGUAACUCCCCCAAAGAUGGCAAACAACACUUUGAAACUCUGCAGAGCCACAACCGUCGAGGCUGAAGUUUUCUCUGGUCCUGUACACACUUCGUCGCUUCUCAGCCACUGUCUUGUGUUAUCCAAAAUGUUGCCUUCUUCUGUUAACUUGAUGAUGGCACGAGAAACGUUGGCCACUAAAGGAGAACCCUUUGGGAAAACCUGGCGAUUUUGACAGAAGUACUUGGAUAGGAAGAGAUUGGAAUAAGGAACCACAUCAAAAAAUGCUGAUAUUCUGGGGAGUUUGCUUCCAUCUGAUAAGGCAUCCUUGUAGUCUUCUGGGUAUCUGUCGCAGCUUCUGAGCUGUUAACAUGGAUGAUAAGCUCGCGGUGUAAGUUGAGUUCAAGAUAAGCACAACAAACAUCCACAACACCACAACCAGCCUGCCCAAGUUGCUCACGAUUCUCUCCCCUACACGAGAUAUAUAUAACCGUUCAUAAGCAACGGGUAUUUCUAAAACAGAAGAUAAAAACC